CAAAUUUAGUAAUAGCCCGUAUUGCCAGCCUUCCAUCAUCGUGCCUGCCUGGGGACACUAGGCAGACAUGGUACAAGGCAAGACGAAGGGGCUGCAAAGCAAAGCCUCGUCAUCCAGAAAACCAUCAAAACCAUCGCAACCAAAGAAAGGAAGGCGAAUACAACCACCCAAAAAACCAGCCCUUGUCAAAGAAGCAGCAGCCCGAAAGGCCCUCACAGCCAAACACACUCGAUCGAUUGAACAGCAGAUGGCUACUGCUGCAUCUUCUGGAAAACUUACUAUCAUGAAAAGCACCGCUGCGGAACAACAACAACAACAACAACAACCAUAGUCACCCGUUCGCUGACGUGGGUAUUGUCCCGGAUUAGCGUCAUGCAGGGACUGCCCUCGUGCUCUCAACCGACCCUACCACCGAACGGUCCGCUUGCCUGUCCAGAGAGAAGAAAAAAACCUUCAUCCGGCAG